AUGUGGUCCCAGGUGGCGGUUCUCUUCUACGGUUGCAGCCUGCUGACCCUUGGCACGGCGACCGUGGCGACGGCAACGGGCACGGACACGGCAAGCUCCCUGCCGAGUUAUCCCGUGUUCGGGACGAAGCGGUACACCCGGGGCAAUGUGAUCCCGGCUCCCGGUGGUGGCCAGGCGCUAGCCCUGCCGGUGUACCACCAUCUGCCGGCGAGUGCCCGGUACUACGAGCCGCAGGUCCCGCCGCAGUACUUCCCGUUUGCGCCGUACCAGCCGACGGCCGACUACUACGACGACCUGGGCUAUUACGGCGGAAGCGACGGGGCCGGAAGCUUCUACUACAGGCCGCCGCCGCCACAGGCGCUACCGCCACAGCUGCCGCACCGUCGGUACCAGCGGAACAACGAGCGGUACACCUCGUACGGGUUGCCCACGUACCGGGGCGAGUACAAGCCGACACCGUACUACUACUCGCACGGCCCCAGCUACAGCUACUCGGACGAACACGAGUCGAGCAACCCGCUCGACGACCUACACGAGGAAAUGCUGCAGGAAGACGAGCGGGAGCGGGCCCGUGACUACUAUCCGGUCGGCCAGGAGCAGUGGUACGAGAGCCCGUCGCGUCCGGACUCGACCUUCCUGCGCAACCUGAUCCUCUACAACCAGCAGCUGCAGAACUUCGGACGUGGCAAGGUGCCUCAGCCGCCACAGCCGCCAGCACAGCUGUACCCGGACUCGUCGGCCGAGGAGGACUUUGACGAGUACGAUGAACCGGAACCGGACUACGAGUACGACGCUCCGAGCGCGGGCUACCGGGACAGUUACGGCUACGGCACGGGUGGUGGCGUUUCAGAUCCUGGCUACGGUUCGACCAACAACCGGAACGCGUUCAGCAAACUGAGCAGCCUGCGCAACAGUAUGGCCCGCAAUCGGCUCGAAGACGGCGAGGAAGAUGACGAAGCCGACGACGAGGACGACGAGGACGACGAGGAGGUCCAGGAGCUGAAAUCGCUGAUACACCAGCACCAGCAGCAGCAGAAGACCACCCCCAGCCAGCGGUUGCCGCCAAUGUUCGUGGACCGGAUGGCCCCGUUCGUGCUGAAGAACCAGCAACCGCCACCGCCGCCGCCGCCACCGAUGACCACCACGUCCGCCGUGCAUCACUCCCAGAAGCAGCAGUCCAUCCAGCAGCAACAGCGAGACCUGCUGGAACAGCAGCGCAAACAGAAGGAGCAACUGGAGCAGGCGAAGAAGCAGCAACUGCUGGAACGACAGCAGAAGCUACUGCGCACCCUGUCCAGCGACUACCAGCAUCCGGCGGCACCGCCCGUUGCUCCGGAACCCUGGCAGAGGGACAGCCCGAGCUACGGAGCUGCGGCUGCGUCGUACGGAGACUACGACACCGAGUAUGACGAGGACGACGAUGACUCCUGGAGCCACUGGGACCGCAAGCGCAACGUGCAGCCCAAGAAAGCGACCUUCGCCAGCACAGGCACGACGACGGCAAAGCCGGCCGGCGCUAAGGUACUUCCCAGCGGCACCACCACGAGCCCGACGACGACGGACAAGCCCAGCGGUGCCCAGCACCAGCCCAAGCCGGUGGGCAACGGCCAGAAGGAGGUCGUCCUACCGAGACCAACCAGCCCACGGAACGCGUUUGCGGCGAGCUUGCUUAGCGCGGUCCAAGCACAACCACCGCAGGACGGAGGCGACGGAGUGCUAAAGAUGGACGAAGCCAGCAAGUUGAAGCAGAUCAAAUCGAGCAAGAUCUACGACACGCUCAAAGCGAUGAUCACCAUGCGUCAGAACCUUGAGGACGCAGAUCUGCGCCAGCAGCUCGAGCACCAGAAACAGCUGGCCCACAUCCACAAGCGGUUCGUGUCGAACGAGGAAUCGCUCGUCCAGCAGCUGGACGGUCUGAAGCGGUCGGCAUAA